GAUUGGCAGACCUAAUGUUGCUCUUAUUGACUAACUGCAUAAGUGGAAACUAUUAAAGCGUCCUUAAAGGUGUCGCAGGCCAGUUAGAAUUGAACAUCUACUUCUGAUUAAACAGAUGAAUGAUGAAUACGGGGUUCCAGUUAGGUAUUGAUACAUGAAGAUGGUGAUCUUAAUCCAGCCAAUAUAGCGAACAGUUUUUUUACACAAACAAGGAAAUAGUGGAUGUGUUUAUGGCCUGUAAAGGGAUUUACUUGUGUGUGACCCUGGCAGUAAAUAUCUAGUAAAAACCUUUCUAUCCAAUGGAAGUAAUUGCAACCAUUCUGCAUCCAGAUUUAGGAAAAUUCUGUAACAGACAUGUGAGAUAUUAAUCUGACUAUCAGUUGGUGUUAUAGUAAAGCGUUUCUUUUUAUCUCAAUCGUGCAAUUUUGGAAGAUGUUGGUCUUUCAUUGAUAUCCACUGAAAGAUUAAUGUUCAUGUUGAAGCUGGUAAAAUAUUAUUAGAUCACCAGAGGCUGUUAGCAGUUUAUUUCAAGUUUUUAUUCUAUGAUGUUCAGCAAAAAUACCACGCUCUUUGUCUGACAGUUAAUUACUUGUACGUAGAAGAUAAUAGAUUCAAACCAACAAACUGCCCUUUUAAAGGUUAAGGAUUUGACAUGGUUUUCAUUAUAGUGUAUAAUACCAUGUGAAAGGUUUACACACAUUAAGAGGUUUUCUAUGUAAAGUGCAUAAGAUACAGCGAGGCCAAUGGGGUAAAGUAAGGAGAUGAAAGAUGAAAUUCAAACAAAGAUGCCUCAUUAGUUACUUUGUUUGGUUUUGGACUCUUCUAGUGAGUGAAAUGGUGGUAGCUGUAAACGGUGCUGUCGUGAUAGCCAGUUACGGGAAAGAAUUUUUCUUGCCUUAUUUGGUGCUGUGUAAUAAUGAUGCUUACCUCCAUAUAGUGCCAACAACUCUCUAUUCUACAAAUGUUUUGUUAACCAUUAAAUUAUUGGACAAUCGGACUAUUUAUACUAAUACUAUCAACCAAUCAGAAACACUGAAUGUUAAUUACUCCGCCUUAAUGGAUUUGAACGGAGGCCAUUAUAAAGGAUGGCAAAUAAUAUCGUCUCAAGCAGUGUCUGUUUAUUUAAAGAGAUCGAAAGGAGAUAUAACAAUUUUAUUACCGAUUGAUGCUUUGGGCACAGACUACCUACUUCCAAGUGUGGCUACUGUUAGCAAUGAUAAAUUUCGUGUUAUUGUAUAUGCAGUUCAAAAUAAUACAACGAUUAAUGUGUCUGGAAAUAGUUUUGAUCGAAAUACUGAAAACGAGACGCAGGGAAAUAACGGUGAGAAGACUACACAUGCAUUAAACAGAUUUCAAAGCCUGAUUUUAGAGACGAAUAAUAUGACGAAGUGUACCCUAUCAGCAAAUGGCACUAUAGGAGCGUUAACAUUACGUUUUAACGAAUUAGAAGGUGGCGCUGUUUGUGACGUAUUAGAUUUAAAAACAAUAGAAACAAUCCCACUGUCUAGUUCGUUUGGAAAACAUUUCUAUUAUCGUAAAUUUGACCAGCAAGCCAAUCUAACUUUAUACAUUACAGGUGAAGAAGAUGGAGAGGUUCUUGUGAAAACAGACCAAACAACGUUUCAAGUUAAUUUAACACUCAACGAAACUGUGAGUUUGGAAUUCCCAACAGCAAAAUAUGUGACUUUAAUGGCAUCGAUUCCAAUCCAAGUUUACGCAACAACUGUCAUAGUUAUUACAGAAACGCAAGAAUAUAUUUUAAACGACUUUUUCAUACCAUGCCAAGAGCAAUAUGUGCGAUGUACCAUGACGUCAUCAUGUACAGAGUUGUGUCCCCUGGUUUUAAAUGGAGCAUCUCCAUUCAAUUCAACUGACCCCAAUUCAUUUGAACAAUUUUCAUUUUCGGAUGCAACCUUGUCUCCGUGGUUCAAUGUUAGCUCUGAAAUUAUAUCCCAUUAUUUAUAUAACAAUGGCAUCAUAAUGAAAAUAUGGACGAACUCCUCAUUUAUAUACUUUAUGUGUGAAAUUAAUACCGGAAGAGUCUUCCCCUUAGGUAUGAGACUAAGCAAACUCUAUCGCGCAUGUGUACCGGAUAUUGUAUCUAAAGGCGGGCAGGGAGACGGUAUAGAUAAUGACUGUGAUGGACAAAUUGAUGAAGAAAAUAUCAAUAUGGAGGAUGAUGAUGGUGAUUCGCGGAUUGAUGAAGAUACGAAUUUUAUUUGCACUCUAGAUGAUAUUACUCUAGUUAAAACUUUACCAACUGUGGCUAAAAAGAAACGAGCGCCUACUUUAUUAGACAUUGCGAUAGAUGAACAAGACUCGACAAUGCCGUUAAUUGCAGUUGUUUUAUCUCUUACUGUGGCCAUAUUCGCCGUUUUCGCCGUCAUCUCCAUAUUUAUGUUCUUAGAAUUGUUAUCCAGGCGAAAACAAAUUAGAAACACUAAAAUUCGACCGUUCGUGUCUUGAUGGUGGAGUGUGUCAGUGAAAAUUGUUCUGGUUUAUAACUACUUAUUUGCUCAAUUGACUAUGCGUGUGAUUAUCAGUUUCCAUCUAUAUCAGAUUAAUUUCCUAUUGAAGCCAGUCAAUUUGUGAAAUAAAUAGAUUCACAUAACAAGCAUUGAUUUACUUAGUUGAGAUUUAUCACAUUACAACUUUUAUUAUUUUUCCAUGACAUGACAUUUGAACAUAUCUUUUUCACUGAAAAUUGCAUUUGAAAUUGGAGUGUUGCACGCAAGGUAAAUUUUGAACUCUUUUUAGAUUUCGUGUUGUGUGGAUUUUUUUUUAUAUUGACUCUACAGCACCGGAACAUUGGAUAUAACAAAAAAUGCUGAAUCAAUUUUAUGUUAAGAUAGUAUAGCACACAUAUUUUUCCUUCUGAGAUAACGGUAAAAUAUUAGAACGUUAAUUACGUUUUAGUCUCCUAUUUGAGUAAAUUCGAUAUCUCGGUGAGUGUAGUGCGGUUCAUAACAGGACAACACGGCCACGUUAGUGGUGGGUGCGAUAUUUUAUAGGCACAUUAUCUCUUAUUAGUUACAAUAGGUGAAUGUCCUUAUUUUGUAAGAAGGGUUGGAUGACCGAGUGAUUAGCGCGUGUGCGUUGUAUCAUAAGGUUUGUCUUUGAGUCAACUGGCGUGGUUCCGAUUCCCCGGUUGUACGUGACAAGGAGUAUAGGGUCGCCUGUCCAACCUCGUGGGUUUUCUCCGGGUCCUCCUGUUUCCGCCCUAAUUUUGCUCAGAAGACCAAUUAUGGACAAUAAUAAGAUUGGGGCUUUAUAUAAAUUAACACUUUGGACGUCUUUACUAAACCGCUUAACGGAAACUAUAUCGGUUUUACACAAUAAAUUUACUGAAACCAACCCACGUAGUCACUAAUUCUAUACUGUCAACGUUAAAGGCGUUGUGACAAAAUGUGUGACCUGACAACCAAAGUAAUACAUUUACGUUCCAGGAAUACAUUUACAGUGUCUAGUUGUUCGGAUGGAAAAACCCUAGGCCCCGUGUACGUUAAAGAACCCUUGACAGUUGAAAUUAAAAAUUAAAAGUAGGCCCAAGUGCAAAAUUUCUCCCAUAGCACACUGUAUGGCCGUCUUCAUUAGCCCGAAUGGAGCAGAAAAGUAGGACUUUGAACCGAAUUUCAUUUUACGUGUAGUUAUGCAGUUCUAGUAUACUAGUAUUUUAUUUAUUAUAAAGACUGGUCAUACUUUAUAAUCCCGAUUAUACGCUGCUAAAAGUAGUCCAUCAAUAGUUAAUGUUUUUAAUAAUGUUUCGUAUACCCCAUGUACAUAUUGUAAACUAGACUGAAUUCAACUAAGAGAUUUAUUUGAGCUUCCAUUUUAAAGGGGAUUAACUCGGUUAUAUACAUGUACAUAUUGUGCCAUGAUUUUGUAUGAUAUAAUGUCUUGUACAUAGUGUUUCAUUAUAAUGUUUAAAGAGGUUCUGUUAGGAUUUGUAGACGGCAUGGUUUAAUACACCUGAACACAUUUAUAAUGGCCGGGAUCUACCCCAACAACACCCCCACAUAUAAGUAAGAAGGAGCAAACCAUAAUGGCCGAUUUUAUUUGUUAUAGUUAUAGCCUUAUCUUAAGGCUACCAUUUAUAUCGAAUAUCAAAAUCACAUUAAAAAUGUAAGUAAAUCAGUAAAUGGGAGUUUCUGGAUCGGCAUUCCUUAUUGUUUAAAAGCUUUGGCAGUGAUAAUUUAUAAAACUAAUAAAGACAGACGCCAGAUUUUUUUAUGUCCAGUCGAUAUCACACCUCGCAUGCUUCCAUUGUGUAAUGGUAUAAUCUCAUAUAAACAAACAUUACUGGCUUUAAAAUGACUGUCAACGCGCGGUUGGACCAGUCGGUGCAGAAAAGUAGAACGUUAAUAAACCCUAUAGUAACCAUAAACAUUUACUUAAAUUGUGUUAUAAAGAUUGAUGGGUUGGGUUUUUAUUGUCGUCCUCCAGUCUGCAUUCCCUUCCUUGUAAACGAUACGUUACAUUUCUUGGCUUUGUUUUUUUUUUAAAAAAAAAGCCUUUAUGGCCUUGGCCUUGUAGUCAUAAACCCUUGGCAAUUCAAAAUCACGCAUCUAUUAAAAAUCGAAGAAUUGUUGCCUCGGAGCAUCGAAAAUAACCUCAUGUAAAUAAAACAAACCCUUUGUUUUUAAAGUUGAUAUCUAUUUGCAGCAUUUUCAAACUCUGGUAAAUACUCUACUUGUCACAGUUUUUAAUAUAUAUUUUCUUAACUUGCUUAUAUUGUCCAAAUGUAGCCACGGAACAGAAUCAUUUGAAGUUGGCGCCAUGUUAUCCCCAGGUCAGAGUACCAUAGGAGAAUGUACAUGUAUUUCAAAACGUUAAAUCAUUACUUUUGUGACAGGCAUUUACACAUAGCCCAAAGACUCAAUUGCUGGUGACCGUAUGUUUCGUUUCUUGGCAACCUACAUUUAAUUUGAUUUGUAAAAUAUUUAAUUGUGUACAUAUUGAAUAAACAUUUUUGGUUCUUUCA